UCCGAUCCUGAUUAAAAACCCCCAGUUUGUUCUCCAUGUAAAACGCCUGGUCCAAUCCCAGGCCAGGAUGGGCCAUUUUUUGCCAUUUCUAAACGAACUGACUGGUAGUGGUGUUCAAUGUGGGCCUGUGAAAGAAACAAUCAGAACAUGGCCCGAAAUUAGGCCCAACAAUGCUGUAGCGGGCUGGCAGCCCUAAGUUUCCAAACAGAUGCCAGGUGUUCGUAAAUCUUAUCGAUAAGAUCGUGGGAAACCACUUUCUUUUACUGCAAUAAUCUCUCCAGUCCACUACUCCAUUGUCCCCCAUAUAUAACUUGUUUCCAAAUCUUCUUUUUUGUUCCUAUUCGCUUUGAUUGCAUACAGUAUUCAGGCUCAGGGGGUUGUUUUUGAAUUUAGGAUUUCUGGUACGAAAUUCUAGAAUGAGAGUAGGAGGGGUUUCGGAGACGAACACGACAUCAAAUUUAUCAGAAUCUGAAUCUGUUCAUGCAUCUAUAAUACCUUCUCCAUCAUCAUCCACUGUAGCGUCUCCAACUGGAAAACGGAGUAGAGAUCCUGAAGAUGAGGUUUACGUCGAUAAUCUUCACUCCCAUAAACGUUAUCUCAGCGAGAUAAUGGCUUCCAGUUUGAAUGGGCUAUCAGUUGUAGACCCCCUUCCUGAAAACCUCAUGGAUUCUCCAGCAAGAUCUGACAGCAUGUUUUAUCUAAGGGAUGAAGUGCCGUAUUCACCAAUGUCUGAAGAUUUGGAUGAAUGUAGAUACUAUGAGAGCAAUGCAUCUCAACCUGAUAGCCAACCGACUAGUCCAGUUUCUCCUUACCGGUUCCAAAGACUUGCAAGCACGUUUUCGGCUGGACCAUCAGCAACUGUGACAGCUUCACAGGCACGGCAACGUGGGUCUGAAUCAGAAGGGCGGUUCCCAUCAUCCCCUAGUGACAUCUGCCACUCAGCCGACUUGAGGAGGGCGGCAUUGUUGCGGUCUGUGCAGAUGAGGACUCACCCAUCUCAGUUUGAUGCAUCAUUCAGCCCAAUGCAAGAUAUGAAAUCUUUAGUUCAAGAGGAGAUUGACCAUGAGUGUUCAAUGCAUCAUGAAAAAUCUUGUAGGGUAUUGAGCAUGAAUAUGAAAGGAGACGAUGAUGAGGCCACUGAUCAUUAGUUUGUUAAUCAAUCCUCGUAUUUUUGUAAUUCUUUUCUCUUGGGUAAACAAGAUCCAGACGAAGGUAUUGUAGAUGUUUAAUCA